AUGAAGAUGAAAGACGAUACAAAUGAACUGAAAGAGAGCGUGUUCGCGAAACUUGACUUGGUAGACUACUUCAGUCUGGCUGAUAACCUGCUGACCGAGAUGCCGCGGCACGUUCUACGUCACCUGCCACAUGUGAAGACCUUGGACCUCUGCAGGAACAAGAUAUCCAAGCUAACUGAGGAAGACUUUAAAGAGAUACAAGAAGUAGAACAUUUAGUGGUCGCCGACAAUCAGAUCUCUAAAAUAGAAAGGCACGCAGUACCCAAAGCCCUUAAGCACGUUCACCUUGGAAUUAACAAACUGAGCACCCUGAAUGGAGCUUUGAGGGAUCUGGAUGAUUUGGAGUGGAUUUUCAUCAAUGCUAACAAUUUAAAGACCAUAGACAAUGAAUUACCUGUGAAAGCAAAGAGACUAGUGUUGAUUCACGCGGCGCACAACGAACUACAAAGCUUGCCGAAGGAACUGAAGCUGAUGCCGUCAUUGGAGUCUUUGUACUUCUACGAUAACAACAUCAAAUCGCUCGACGGCGCCCUGCAAAAGUCCAGGAGGCUCAUGAGAAUAGGGCUGUCGUUCAACAAAAUCGAAUAUCUGUCGGAAGACGAGUUCGCCGAAGCCGAGAUCCUGGCGGACCUGGACAUUGCCUACAAUCAACUGAAAUCGCUCAACGGCUCCUUGAGACACCUAAAGUCGUUACGCUAUCUGAACCUCACGCACAACCUGCUGUCCGAGUUCUCUCUGCAAGAAAUCAAGGGGCUGAAACGGCUCUCAGUGAUCGAUCUGUCGCAUAACAAGAUAAACCGCAUCACUGGGAACAUGGAGAAUCUAGUAGACGUGGAGACGAGGGUACUAGAAUUGCGGUUGGACAACAAUCAUAUUCUUAAUCUGGGCGGAGCACUAAUAGGACUGCAUGGGCUAUUGAGGCUUAACCUGAGCAACAAUCAAAUACAGCAAAUAUCCCCUGACGAUCUCAUCGGCUUAGAGGACUUGAAGCUGCUGGACGUGUCACACAACCAAAUCACGUCACUGGAGGAAACAUCAAAGACGUUCUUGCCGUCCUUGGAGGAGCUGAUCGCGCACCACAACAACAUUACCGUGCUAGAUAAGGACUUCCAUGGGCUGCCUUCGCUUUGUAUUGCGGAUCUGUCAUACAAUAAAAUUCGCAGCGUAAACUAUGAACUAGUCUCCAAGUCCCGGUGCACUAUUAACGGGGUGCCAAGUGUGCUUAAGAUUUAUCUUCAAGACAACCCGGUUCUCUGCGACGACCGCCACUACGAGCUGGUGUCCGUGCUGGAGAGCCUCAAUGCCCGCGUCAGCGGCAUCUCGGCGUGCGCGACGCCCCAAACUGCGGCGCCGGUGCUCAUGAGGGCGCUGAACGACGUCGCCCCCGACGCCCCGGUCAUCCUCGUCACGCGGAUGGGCGCCGGCGUCAGAGUGCUUCAGGAGGGGCGAGAGAGCGACUCCGCGCAGCUGGCCUACCGGCGGGUCGGCGCCCUAAUUGGGCACGUGCUGCCAGAGCGGGAGGGCGGUCUACCUGUGCUGGUGGAGCCGCCCAUCACUCUGCCGGCCACGGACGUCGUGGUGAAGUGGCCGCCGCGGGAGGGGCGCCCCCACCCGCUCGCCGACCACCUGCGCUUGCGCGACCUCAACGCGUCGCCGCAG